AGCAGUCAUUGUCAUUCAGUGGAAUACAGAUGGAGCAUUGCUAGGCCCAGGCGUAUUCCUGUAAUCAAUCUUGUUCGUGUUCUUGUUGUUGUCACUGUUGAGGUUGUGUUGUUGAAUGUUUGUUAACGGUUUUAUGCUUAUUUCAAAAGGUAAACUGAUAAAUUUUGUGUAAAUAUACUACAGAGGUUACUAUAAGAAUCUUUGGAUAGUCAAAUGUCUUUUAUUAUGUCUGGGUUAAAUCAUCUUUCAUUCCUUCCACGUAUAUUGAUGGGACCUUCACCAGCAAAGCAGGGGUCAGAGAAGUCACCAGGAAGUGUAGAUGGAGUCUAUUAUGGGGUUUUUUUACCUCCUGAUGUUCCGCCCUCCGUUGAAGAUAAUGAGGGCACUGUGGUCUUUACGGACAAGUCGGAGGCUCUGAAGCUUGUGAAAAAGUACAAGAAGGCCCGGUUCAAAGCGUUCAGAACGAUGACUGAUGCCAUGCAGUUUGCGAUGUUGGGGCCGGAGAGCGUGAGCUCGUGCCCCACCUCGCCAGCCGAUGUGGGGGAGAAGCCCAGCCCUUUCCGUGGCCCCAAACCACAAGACAUGGUGAGGUUCCGUAAGGCAAUCGAGGCUGGUGAUCUGGACUUCGUCAAGAAAACAGUUUGGGAGAAUCCCCGCUACCUGGUCAGCAGCGGGGACACCCCUGCCAUUAUGCAGGAAGGGUCUCGCUACAAUGCCCUGCACAUCGGAGCCAAGGCAUGUGACGCAGCGAUGUGUGCCUACAUCCUACAGACUGUGGGAAGUGAACAGUUCAUGCUCCAUUUCUACGGUGACACAACCGACACACAACAGCGAUGUGCAGUGUUACUCGACCUCUAUCUCAACACUCCGGACAAGGCUCUCAAUGAGACCCCACUCCACUUUGCUGCAAAGUUCGGUGCUGCGAAGGUUGUCCAAGUACUUGUCGCCUACCCCCAGUGUGACAGGGCAGCCACCAACAAAUUUCACCAGACUGCCAAAGAUGUGAUAUGUAGCAGAGUGACUGGUGCCGAUUCUGGAUUGAAAGAGGAAAUCUCUGCAAUGUUAGAUGAACAGUUCUAUGUGCCUGUACUGCGAUCUCCUGAUAAUUCCGUACAGCCAGUUGUAGGAAAGCCUUUUUCCCCAUGUAGCCCUUUAGAGGAGCAGUGUAGAGAUGUGAUCAGUCCUGUGAUGGAAGUCCAGGCGCUGGCAGGCCCCAUGCCACGUCAGACCGCAGAAUUGUUCCGUAGGCGUUGGAAGACACCUCCUCGAGUACCUCUAGCUCAACGCAGGCCUCCUCUCUUAGACCAAGACAAGGGCUGGGAGAAGGUUGGCCGGGAGCUGGCCCAGGAGUGGAAAGUGGCAUGGAAGGAGUACUGGCCAUUCCUUGACACUUACAUUGAUCUCAACUCACCAGAAGGCCUUCAACUGCUGGAAGAUUACCUUCGCAAGCGUUUUAAGAGUGCAAGUGAAGGAAAUGACCCCAGCCCGUCACCUAGUAACAAGUCAACAUCCCUGUCAACGGCUCCUAUGAACGGGGUGACACCAGAGAGUCCCAUGGCGGAACUGUGCAGUGCCUUGAGAGCAUGUAGACUGAGUAGUGGCGGGGGCAAGCCCCCCUCACGUCACCCACCGCCUUCUCGCCAACCAGCCCACCACAACGGUGAUGUCAGACACACCGAAGAUACUAUCCCAUCUCACGUUACCAGUCCCCAUCUGUACAUGGAGAAGUCUUGUCAGGUGUUUGCCAAAAGGAUAGCAGAUGGUUUUCAGCUGGGGGAUGGAGAUGCAGAGUUCCUAUGGGCAGAAAUGAAGCAUUUAAAUGUGCUGGUGUCAUCGUGUAAGAGUGACAACCGGUUUUCUCAACUAGACUUUCACCGGUUACACUCAAGGUUGGGCCAAGCAGUAGCAGCCAGGAUGGACCCCUCAGAUGUAUCCUGGGUUACUCACUCCCUGAACUCCAUCAUCAGUAGGAAAACUGAGGAUUGUUACUCGUCAGAGGAAGAGGAGGAGGUUGGGGACUCACCAUACUGGCGGCGUCCUAGGCUGGAUCGUCGUGGUCGCCAGUACCUGCACGGCACCGUGAUCUGUGUGGCCCGCAGUAUACUGACGGCACUGGAGACUGGAGUGCAGCAACCACAGCCUCCCCUCACCUGCGAGCAGACGUGUGCAGACGUGUGGGCGCUCGCUGACUCUUGCUCUUGCACAUUCCCCACCAACAGGCACUCUCGCAGGAAACUUGCGCACAAGAAACUUAAAUUCGAGGAUGAUGAGUUUUAUGAAGUUGGCCCUUGUAAAGUGACGGAGGAGAGGCCAGGUGUUGCUCCAGCUGACAGCUCAGGGGAGGAGUCUGACACUUCAGACACCAGUGAAUGUGAGUUCUUUACUCCCCCCUCGUCCCCCGGAGUACGCUCAGAUGAUGACCAAGCUAUGGAGAGUCCAGAUGAGGGACCGGAUGUUUACAUCAGCGGCAACACACCGAGCAAGCUGGACAUGUCUGUGAUGGAGGCUAUCCGAGGCAGCGAGCUAAACAAGGCCAAGUUCCCGAACAUUUGCCGCUGGCGACAUCUCGUCCUGUUACAUUCGGACCAGGAGAGACAGAGCUGGAUGAGUCCAAAGCACAAAUCUACCCUCGCAGAUUCUUCACCCAUGUGGCAUCGAUCUCCUAGCCUUAACUCUGACUGACAUUGUUGGGGUCAUCCUUAUUAUUGUUGGCUAAUUUAUCUAUAAACUGAAUAUAUUUUUGAUUUGUUUGGUUUUCAUACUUUUA